CGUUCCGUGGCAUUUAAGAUCCAAUUAUCCCCGGGUCUUCGACUUCUAUCUUCUUUCACUCUUCAACCAUCGUCAGAUUGAUCGUAUCGUAUGAUAAUACUAAAACUAGGAGAUAGUUCUCCUAAACAGCAUAGCUGUUGCUGUUCCAACAAUACCAACUCUACUAGGUUAAGUCUCUUGACGCGGUGGCCAUACAGUGAAGUGCUAUGGACGCAUCGCCGAGACCACUCAGUCCCGUCUGAUCUAGGGCAAAUCCCCGAAGGUGAACGACACCAUGUCGAUACCAAUCUCUCAACGUCUUGGGUCGGGGUUGUCGAACAUAACAAGAAGGCCUAAGCGAACCCUCGGGUUUCUUGACAACUUCGGAACUGGACAAUCAACUGGUUCCCGGAUCAGACUCGUAGGCUUUCGAUCCACAUUUCGAGCCGCAUCGUAUAGAACCGUACCACGGGCGCCCCCCAUCCGUCGCCGUAUAAGACCCCUACCUGUUCUUGCCGCAGGUAGCGGUCUACUCACCAUACUAUUUUCCGCCCUUCAGCCUGUUACCAAUGAACCUCUCGAAAAUCUCCAAGAUGGUGACCUUCCGCCGCCCGAUUCCAUCCCGAACGAUAGUGAUGGUCUACCACGUUAUCGGCUGGCCGAAGUCAAAGCACACGGACCAAAGUCCGAGCGGCCGUGGGUGAUUUGUGAGGAUAAGGUAUACGACAUAACAGAUUGGAUUCCUGGUCACCCAGGCGGAGAGGUCAUCCUUCGCGCUGCCGGUGGCAGCAUCGAACCGUACUGGGACAUAUUUUCUAUCCACAAAUCUCCCUACGUAAAGGAAAUUCUCGAACAAUAUAUCGUUGGAAAAGUCCAUCCGGAUGAUUUAGAGAACGGACGACCGCUGCAGGAGCAUAUCGAAGAUCCUUUCAUGUUAGACCCCGUCAGAGAUACAAGACUGAAGCAGCUCACGGCGAAGCCUUGCAACGCGGAAACCCCUAACCAAGAACUUACUAAGUCAUUCCUUACGCCGAACCCGGUCUUUUAUGUUCGAAACCAUAUGUGGGUUCCGGUUGUAGAAGACGCCGAGGCAGAAGAACACAAUAUCACGAUUGAACUACCCGACGGCGACAUCAAGACCUAUAGCAUCAAGGAUCUCAAGGCUCGUUUUAAACAGCACACCGUCACGGCCGUGCUACAAUGCUCCGGCAACCGGCGCAGCGACAUGACCCGCUACGCGAAGAAGACGAACGGUUUGCAAUGGACGGUCGGCGCUAUAAGCUGCGCAAAGUGGGAGGGCGUGCGGUUACGAGACGUCCUCGCCGAUGCCGGUCUGUCGCUCGAAGACCCGGGAGAGGACGCGCGGCAUAUUCAAUUCUCGGGCCUAGAAGCGUACGGUGCCAGCAUACCAAUCUCGACGGUUCUUGAUCCCAUGGGCGACGUGCUCCUCGCAUUCAAGAUGAACGACGAGCCUCUCCCGCGCGACCACGGUUUUCCUGUCAGGGUCGUCGUUCCGGGCCACGUAGCAGCAAGGUGCGUCAAGUGGGUGAAUAAGAUCGUUGUCAGUGACGAGGAGAGCACCACUACUUGGCAACGCCGGGAUUACAAGUGUUUCGGGCCGAACGAGGUCAAGCAAGACUGGGACAAAUACAAGGCGAUCCAAGUAAUGCCAAUCACGAGCGCCAUAACGCGCACGAGAGUACAGCCCGCAGACAAGACCUCAGGCGGUCAGGCCAGCGAAUCAACUCAAAACUCGGUUGUCCAGAUCGAAGGGUACGCCUAUUCGGGCGGCGGGCGAGAAAUCCAACGCGUGGAUAUCAGCUUGGACGGUGGGUUGACGUGGGAUCAGGCGCAGCUGGUCGACGAUACCAAUCUCGAAAGAGGAAAUAAGGCUUGGUGUUGGAAAAGGUGGAGAUACGAGACUGGGCUGUCCGAGAUGGUCAAAGGUUCGAAGGGCGAGUCGAAGGCCACCCUAGUAGUCAAAGCCACGGACGACGCGUAUAAUACCCAACCUGAGACCCACAAGAGCAUCUACAAUCCGAGGGGCAACUUAGCCACGGCUUGGCAUCGAGUAGAUUUCGACUACACCGCAGCUUUAAAGGCAUGUAGCCAAGAUAAGAAUAAGCCCUGAGCUAAAAGCGGUACUUUUCUCGGGGUAAUAACGGAAGGGCGUUAUAAUAGGGUUGAAGGGUUCGGCGCAACUCCUAGGUAGGUUUGACGCCGGCAGAUACCACGCUACGGGGUUGGGCACCCUUAUUAUGUAAGUAACUGAAUUUCAAGGGGCAUGGUGUGUAAUAGUCCGUCUAACAUUAAAUUGUUCUAAUCACUGAAGUAAUGUUACAAAAUACUGAUACCAAAGCUGAUUAUUGUUGAUGGUAAGAUUGCAAAGUGCCUAUCUACAUGAGAACCAUUAUGCAUCCACAA